UACAGAGGACGGCACAUGCCUGAACACAUAGCGGUGGUGCUGUCUACUUUACUUUCGCGAAAACGAUAAUCGUCAACGGCCUGGAGUAUUUAUCAGGUACCGGCUGUAUACAUUGCCGCUUGUUUCACGGCAUCGAGGUGAGAGACUGUUCACAUGUCGUGGUGUCGAGACAGACGCGGCUGGCGUAAUGCCGCGUCAAUCAGUGGAAUGGGCAUCGAGGUGAGAUGCAGUGUUCAAAGUCCAGGAAAGAGAUGCGAAGAGCAGCAUGGUGAUGGUGAGCGUUUCGAGAUACGAUGCGGUGAAACGCUGUAUGAUGGGCGGUUCAUUCCCUGCGAUCAAUUUGGCAACACAGUACAGCCAGAUUUCCAAGUAUGGUCCAGGACUUGCGAGGCGUAGCCGUACGUGGGAAUGUCCGACGCUCAGAGAACUUCGUGGUGUUCCACGGAUAGAC